GACUGAGCAGAGACUCGGCUCUCACCCGGUUUACCGGCGUCUGUUGAGGCUGAGGCAGCAGAAGCGCAUGAGAGUGGCGGGCCGGACGCUUUUCUGGUUUCAUUUAGGUCGAAAUGUUGCGUUUAAUUGGGCUAUCGGUGGCUCUCGCGCUCACUCUGCUUCCGGGAGCCGCGGAAGCCCUGAAGGAGGGAGAAUGUGAAGUGUGCGUCUCUUUCUUGGGGAAGUUUUAUCAGUCGCUGAAGGACAGCAACGCGGACUUCAACAACGCCGACAUCGAGGAGGCGCUGCUAAAAAGCUGCAAAGAUGCCAGAGGAAAGGACAACCGCUUUUGUUACUACAUCGGAGCAACAAGUGAUGCAGCCACCAAGAUCAUCAACGAGGUGUCCAAACCGCUCAGCUACCACGUUCCAGUGGAGAAGAUCUGUGAGAAACUCAAGAAGAAGGACAGUCAGAUCUGUGAGCUGAGAUAUGACAAACAGCUGGACCUGACCUCUGUGGACCUGAAGAAGCUUAAAGUGAAAGACCUGAAGAAGAUCCUGGAGGAGUGGGGCGAGUCGUGUAAAGGCUGCGCCGAAAAGUCGGACUUCAUCCGUAAAAUCACCGAGCUGAUGCCCAAGUACGCUCCAGCUGCGGCUCAGGCACGGACAGACCUGUAGCGACACACCCGGCUAAACGCACUGAUCCUGGGGAGGGGCGUGUUGGUCUCCGUGGUGACUGCCAGAGUCAGAUGUUUGCACACAAAGCUGACAGUUUCUACUGUACAUUUAGUGUGUGUGUGUGUGUGUGUGUGUGUGUGUGUGUGUGUGUGUGUGUGUGUGUGUGUGUGUGUGUGUGUGUGUGUGUGUGUGUGUGUGUGUGGAUCCUUUCUGAACCCGCUUUGGAUUCUCAUCAGGAUCAGCUGUGAUUUGGAUCUGGUAAGCCCCGCCCACAGGAAGCUGGUCCUGAAGCUUCAGACUCCCAUGUCAGCUGUUUUUUUAGCUCCAAAGCGUCAGACUUGCCCUGUUCAGCAACAAGAAUCCAGUUUCCACCGAUGAAACCAUUUAUUUAAACAAAAACAAACCCACAGCAGAUCAUUUAGUAAACUUUGUCCUUUAAAGGCUUUUGUUUUGAAACGAUUCCUGCCUUUUCAGAAUAAAAUGUAAUUCCUUAAGUUUGAUCAAAUAGGAGUUUCCAUUAUUUCAGCUUGGAUCUCCGGUAGAAAUAACUGCUGGGCGAUUUGAAAGGUUUUUAUUUAUUAAACUCUUAUUUCCUAAAACCGUUUAGAACCAAAUCAAAUGGUGGCGGCUUCUUUAGGUGAACUACUUACAGAUGUUUUCAGACUUAUGUCAUGUACUCUGAACCCAUCUGAGUCCUGUAGCAGCUUCGCCAACAGGCGAUAAAAUACAGAGUCGUGUUUCUGAGGGACUCCUCAUCCGUCUGAUGGAUCAAACACCAUCAUGAAUGUGGGACUUGUGUUUCUGUUAAAACUGUAAAUUCUACUUUUGCAUUAAAAUGUGAAAACUCAA